UUCCUCUCUCUCUCUCUCUCUCUCUCUCUCUCUCUCUCUCUCUCUCUCCCCAGAGACGCAGAGACCUCACCAAAAUCUCCAAUGGCGACGAAUAUUGGUAUGAUGGACGGCGCUUACUUCGUAGGCAGGACCGAGAUCUUGGCCUGGAUCAACUCAACUCUCCAUCUCAAUCUCAGCAAAGUCGAGGAGGCGUGUUCCGGUGCCGUUCACUGCCAACUCAUGGAUGCCGUUCAUAACGGUAUUGUGCCGAUGCACAAGGUCAAUUUUGAUGCCAAGAGCGAGUACGAGAUGAUUCAGAACUACAAGGUCCUUCAGGACGUUUUCAACAAACUCAAAAUCACUAAGCACAUUGAAGUGAGCAAGCUUGUGAAAGGAAGGCCGCUCGAUAAUCUGGAGUUCAUGCAAUGGAUGAAGCGGUACUGCGAUUCUGUCAAUGGAGGCAGUAUGAACAAUUACAAUGCUCUGGAGAGGAGAGAAGCUUGCAAAGGAGGGAAAGAAGCUUGCAAAGUUGGGAAAGAAGGAAACAAGAGAGGUGCCCAAUUGCAAUCAUCAGCUAAGGGUUCAGCAGCUCCCCAAAGAUCUCAGUCCUCCCACAAUGCUCGAAGAAAUGAUGUAGCACCUUCUGUGAACUCCACAAGUCAAUCAGGGAAGACCUCGAGGCCUUCUUCCAGUGGAGGCCCUACAACCCCUGCGUAUGAUGAACAGAUCACGGAGUUGAAGCUGUCGGUGGAUAGCCUUGAGAAGGAGAGGGACUUCUACUUUGCGAAGCUCAGAGAUAUUGAGAUACUUUGCCAGAGUCCUGAGAUUGAACACCUAACUGUUGUUGCUGCUAUACAGAAGAUUCUAUAUGCUACCGAUGAUAAUGCAUCGGUGGUGGCAGAAGCUCAAGCCAUGCUGUCUGCCCCCCAAAAGGAAGUGGAGCCCUUGAGUCCAAUUGCUGAAGCUUCAGAUGAGAAGGCGAGUUCAGAGACACAAAAGAGGAAAACUUAUCUGAAUCUCGACGUCGAUGCUGCUGCCAUGACGACAUUAUCUCCGAAACAAAGGAUCUCCGACGCUUCUGAUGUCCAUUGUAGUGGGUCACCCCUUAUGACUUACUGAUCUCCUUCUCAGUUCCAUCUUAUAAAAAAAAAAAACAGUCAUCCAUUGAAUUUGUUAGUCUUACCUAUACAUUUUUUGGUACGUUUGAUAUAUUUGCCGAACUGUAGUUCAACAAGUAAUUGGUGCAAGGGACAUGGGAUGUAAUGCCUUGUUUGAUAUAUUUGUGUUGUAAGGUAGAAGAAGGUACAUCCAUAUGAAUGAAAUAUUUUAGUUUCUGCUCCAGGAA